UAAUUUUAGUAUUAAAAAAAUAUUAUAAUUGUGCCAAAUAAUUGUCUAAUUAUUAUUGUAUGUGUAGAUUGUAGAAGCAAAGAGAAUUGAAGAGAAGGUGAAUAUGGCGUCGGUGAUUAUGCUGCCGUACGGAGAUGUGGAUUCCACUUUGAGGGCAAUCGCCGGUCGUGCUGAGGGUUUCGGCCGCCUCGCUAUUGGUGGCCUCCACGGUCCUCUCUAUUUGGUUACCUCCCUUGCAGAUGAUGGUCCUGGUUCACUUCGUGAAGGGUGUCGUAGAAAGGAGCCGCUAUGGAUUGUUUUUGAAGUUUCAGGUACAAUUAAUCUUUCAUCAUACUUGAGUGUGUCAUCUCAUAAGACAAUAGAUGGAAGAGGCCAGAGGAUUAAAUUGACUGGGAAAGGAUUAAGAUUGAAAGAGUGUGAGAAUAUAAUUAUAUGCAACCUUGAGUUUGAGGGGGGAAGGGGUCACGAUGUAGAUGGGAUUCAAAUAAAACCAAAUUCUAGGAAUAUAUGGAUAGAUCGUUGCAGUCUCCGAGAUUAUGAUGAUGGGCUUAUAGACAUUACAAGACAAAGCACGGAUAUCACUAUAUCUAGAUGUCACUUUGCACAGCAUGACAAGACCAUGCUAAUUGGAGCUGAUCCAUCUCACGUGGAUGAUAGAUGCAUCCGGGUGACGAUCCAUCAUUGUUUCUUUGAUGGAACGCGGCAGAGACACCCUCGUGUGAGAUUUGGAAAAGUUCAUCUGUACAAUAAUUACACCAGAAACUGGGCAAUAUAUGCAGUUUGUGCUAGCGUUGAGUCUCAGAUAUACUCCCAAUGCAACAUAUAUGAAGCAGGAACUAAGAAAAAGACUUUUGAAUUUUAUACUGAGAAGGCAGCUGACAGAGAAGAACAGAAGUCUGGUAUGACAAUAUCUGAAGGAGACAUGUUACUGAAUGGUGCUCAGCCAUGCUUGUCAACAGAAUACAAAGAAGAAUCCAUGUUCCAUCCUAGUGAAUAUUACCCAACUUGGACAAUGGAAGCAGCUACACAUUCUCUCAGAGAGGUUCUCCAUUUAUGUACAGGUUGGCAGUCCAUUUGUAGGCCAAUAGACCAUACGGUAUAAGAUACAUACUAAAUUUGGCAGUCCAAAAUUUGUAGGCCAAUAGUCGUGUCACGUGUGUAAGAACGACUUAUUCAUUUGUAGGCCGUGGUAGGAACGUCUUGGGACAUGAGAUUGGCAUAGUUGCCGUGAAACCAGAGAGACCAAACAUUGCAAGUUAUCAUUGUUUUUUUGUAACAGAUCUAAUAUGAUUAUUUUAUAUUAGUUUAUAAUUUAUCAUAA